AUGACAUCAUCCGCCCUCACCAACGGCCAAAAGACCAUCCACACGGCAGCAUGCUUGAUCAUUGGCGAUGAAGUACUCGGUGGGAAGACAAUCGACACGAACUCGGCCUACUUCGCCAAGUUCUGCUUUUCCCUCGGAAUCCAACUGAAACGCAUCGAGGUCAUCGCCGACGAUGAAGGAGAAAUCAGCGAAGCCGUCCGCCGCAUGAGCAACAACUACGACUUUGUCGUCACCAGCGGCGGCAUCGGGCCAACCCACGACGACAUCACCUACGAAUCCAUCGCCAAAGCCUUCGGCCUCAACCUCCAACUCCACCAAGAAGCCUUCGCGCGCAUGAAGAAACUCUCCCGCCCCCACCCCAUGCAGCCCCAAUUCGACUGGGACACACCCUCCCCCAUGCUCACCGCCAAGCUGCGCAUGGUCGAACUCCCGCACGACCCCGCCGUUCCCCUCGCCGCGCAAGCCGUCUUCGUCGCAGACGACAUGUGGGUGCCCAUCGCCGUCGUCAACGGCAACGUUUACAUCCUCCCGGGCGUCCCGCGUCUCUUCGAGCGCCUCCUCGAUAACCUCAAGCCGUCGCUGCUGCCGCGGCUGUCGAACCCCGAGGGAACCGGCAUCUACCGGUAUCUGUUUAGCACGCCGCUUCCCGAGAGCGAGGUCGCGCCUUACCUGACGGAGCUGGCGGGGCGGGUUGAGGCGCGUGGCGUUAAGGUCGGGUCCUAUCCCCGCUGGGAGAAGAAGCGCAAUACAGUCACGCUUGUGGGGACUGAUAAGGAGUUUAUGGAUGGGUUGGUUGCGGAGGUGGAGCACAAUGUGAAGGGGACGAAGGUUUCGCAGGAGGAUGAGCUGGAUGUGCCUGAGGAUGGGGAGUGA